UUGCGCUGGGGGUGGACAACCGAGCGGCCUGUCCGCCUUCAUUCCGAUUUCUUCCCCCUCUGAUCCUCCUAUGCACCAAACCCUCUUCCACCCCAAAUUGUUAAUACCAUCCCUUCAAUUGAAAGUCACCAUGUUCGCUCGCCAGACUUUCCGCUGUGCGCAGCCCCUGAAGCAGAGCUUCCGCAAGUACUCUACUGAGGGCGCUCCCAAGAAGUCUAACCUCACCCCUGUCUACGUCGCUGUCGGUCUCGCCGGUGUCGGUAUUGGUCUCUACCGCUAUAGCUCUAGCUCUGCUGCCCCUGCUGCUAUCAAGCUCGAGGACCGUCCUAAGGUCUUCACUGGCGACUGGGUGGAUCUCAAGCUUGCUGAGAUUGAGACUCUGAGCCACAACACCAAGCGAUUCCGCUUUGAGUUUGACGACAAGGAGGCCGUUUCUGGUCUUCCCGUUGCCUCUGCUCUGCUGGCCAAGUACAAGCCCGAGGGCGAGAAGGCUGUCCUCCGUCCCUACACCCCCACCAGCGAAGAAGAUACCCCCGGCUACCUCGAGCUCGUGGUCAAGGCCUACCCCGGUGGCCCCAUGUCCGAGCACCUGCACUCCAUGAACGUCAACCAACGCCUGUCCCUCAAGGGUCCCCUUCCCAAGUACCCCUGGGAGGCCAACAAGCACGACCACAUCUGCCUGAUCGCCGGUGGCACCGGUAUCACCCCCAUGUACCAGCUGGCCCGCCAGAUCUUCAAGAACCCCGAGGACCGCACCAAGGUGACUCUGGUCUUCGGCAACGUCAGCGAGGAGGACAUCCUGCUGAAGAAGGAGCUGCACGAGCUGGAGAACACCUACCCCCAGCGCUUCCGCGCCUUCUACGUGCUCGACAACCCUCCUGAGGGCUGGACUGGCGGCAAGGGCUUCAUUACCAAGGAGUUGUUGAAGACUGUCCUGCCCGAGCCUAAGGAGGAGAACAUCAAGGUGUUUGUCUGUGGCCCGCCUGGUCUGUACAAGGCUAUUAGCGGUGGUAAGGUCAGCCCCAAGGAUCAGGGUGAGUUGACUGGUAUCCUGAAGGAGUUGGGUUACAACAAGGAGCAGGUGUUUAAGUUCUAGAUGGACUUGGUAUAACCCACCCACUUUGUAGAUAGAUUUACCCGGUCGGAAAAUGGGAGGAGAGUCGCACGCAGAGCAGCGAUAUACAUUGAUGCAUUGGUGGCCUAGUGAGCGCCGCAUUACUUCCCAUCGUUCCAGUUCCCCACUGUUUUGUUGAUGCCAUAGAAUAUUCGCGAAAUAGAUUUGUACCAUUUGGAG